CUCUGCGUCUCGGGUGUCCCGCCGGGGCCGCUAGUUGGGUGUUACUUUCCACUUCACGUUUUCGUCUCCGCUUCCGAAAGCCGGUUUGAAUCCUGUCCGCCAGCCCCCUAAAGGGGGCGUCUCAAAGAAAACCGGACUGCGGGUGAUGGCGCCCUCGCGUCGCGGGACCUUCUCCUGACGCCUCUGUCGCCCCGGGGGAUGUGGACUCUGGCAGGUCUGGGCUGGAGGCGCGGCCGCGCACUCGCGACGCCGGCCACCCGGGCGGCGCGGCGGGGGCUGCUCGGGCCUCGCACCACGCUGGCCUGCCCGACUGCGACCGGGUGCAGGGAUCCGGGCCGGCGAUACAGCUCUGCAGGCCGCAAGGAAAAAAUUGAUAUGUCUAGAUUCCCUGUUGAAAAUAUUAGAAAUUUCAGUAUCAUUGCACAUGUGGACCAUGGCAAAAGUACUUUAGCUGACAGACUUCUGGAGCUAACAGGGACAAUUGAUAAAACAAAAAAUAAUAAACAAGUUCUUGAUAAAUUGCAAGUGGAACGGGAAAGAGGAAUCACUGUUAAAGCACAGACAGCAUCUCUCUUCUAUAAUUGGGAAGGAAAGCAGUACCUUUUAAAUCUCAUCGAUACACCGGGCCAUGUUGAUUUUAGUUAUGAAGUAUCCAGGUCACUCUCUGCUUGCCAGGGUGUUUUACUUGUGGUUGAUGCAAAUGAGGGUAUUCAAGCCCAAACAGUAGCAAACUUCUUUCUGGCCUUUGAAGCACAGCUGUCGGUAAUUCCAGUUAUAAACAAGAUAGAUCUGAAGAAUGCUGAUCCUGAAAGGGUUGAAAAACAAAUUGAAAAGGUGUUUGAUAUUUCAAGUGAUGAAUGUAUUAAGAUUUCUGCUAAACUUGGAACAAAUGUUGAAAGUGUUCUUCAGGCAGUCAUCAAACGAAUACCCUCUCCUAAAGCAUAUCGAAAAAAUCCCCUGAGAGCUUUGGUAUUUGACUCCACCUUUGAUCAGUAUAGAGGUGUGAUAGCUAAUGUGGCAUUAUUUGAUGGAGCGGUUUCCAAAGGAGAUAAAAUUGUAUCUGCACAUACUCAAAAGACAUACGAAGUUAAUGAAGUAGGAGUUCUGAAUCCUAAUGAGCAGCCAACUCAUAAACUAUAUGCAGGCCAGGUGGGCUAUCUGAUUGCUGGGAUGAAAGAUGUCUCUGAAGCACAAAUAGGAGAUACAUUAUAUUUACAUAAACAACCAGUGGAACCCAUGCCUGGGUUUAAAUCAGCGAAGCCAAUGGUAUUUGCAGGGAUGUACCCUGUAGACCAGUCUGAAUAUAAUAACCUGAAGAGUGCUGUAGAAAAGCUGACUCUGAAUGAUUCCAGUGUGACAGUUCAUCGGGAUAAUAGCCUUGCCCUAGGUGCUGGCUGGAGAUUAGGAUUUCUUGGACUUUUGCAUAUGGAAGUUUUCAACCAGCGACUAGAGCAAGAACAUAAUGCUUCUGUUAUUUUGACAACUCCUACUGUUCCAUAUAAAGCUGUUCUUUCAUCAACAAAAUUGAUAAAGGAAUAUAGAGAAAAGGAAAUUACAAUCAUCAAUCCUGCACAAUUCCCUGAUAAAUCAAAAGUGGUAGAAUAUUUGGAGCCAGUUGUUUUGGGCACAAUUAUCACACCAGAUGAAUAUACUGGAAAAAUAAUGAUGCUUUGCCAGGCUCGAAGAGCAGUUCAGAAGAAUAUGAUGUUUAUUGAUCAAAAUAGAGUUAUGCUUAAGUAUCUCUUCCCUUUGAAUGAAAUUGUGGUGGAUUUUUAUGAUUCUUUGAAAUCCUUGUCUUCUGGAUAUGCUAGUUUUGAUUACGAAGAUGCAGGCUACCAGACGGCAGAACUUGUAAAAAUGGAUAUUUUGUUGAAUGGAAAUAUUGUAGAAGAGCUAGUAACUGUUGUACACAAAGACAAAGCGCACACUGUUGGCAAAGCCAUAUGUGAACGUCUGAAGGAUUCUCUUCCUCGGCAGCUGUUUGAGAUAGCAAUUCAAGCUGCCAUUGGAAGUAAAAUCAUUGCAAGAGAAACUGUGAAAGCCUAUAGGAAAAAUGUUCUGGCAAAAUGCUAUGGUGGUGAUAUUACCCGAAAAAUGAAACUUUUGAAGAGACAAGCAGAAGGAAAGAAAAAACUGAGGAAGGUUGGCAAUGUUGAAGUUCCAAAAGAUGCUUUUAUAAAAGUUCUGAGAACACAAUCUGAUAAAUAAUUGAUGGGAAAAUACAAGGAAUUUUCAUAAAUUAAAAA